AUGAUGUUGCUGGUAGCGCUCCUUUUGCUUGGGGGUGCGUAUUGCACUCCAGCACCCCCCACAAUGAAAUGCGAAAGGGCACCUCCUCACGCUCAACCAGCUGACAGGCACUACCGAUUGAGUAUCGCCGGGGAUCCAGAUCUAUAUCUUCCUGGAGAACUAUACACAGUUUCCUUACAAGGCGUCAAUAGUGGGGAAGGAGCUACACCAUUUACAGGAUUUACGAUAUGGGCAGAGGUCUAUGAUCAACAGGAGGACAUCGAUGAUAAGGAAAACAAAGAUUCCUCUAAGCCGCGAAAUCAGUCUUUGGGUGUGUUUCAAGCAUACGACACCCAGACGAAACUUAGAGACGAUUGUAAACCCGCAGUAGCUAACGCUACUGCCCACCCUAAGACUGAUGUACAGGUUAUAUGGAGCGCGCCAUCGGUUACGCUAGAUGGAUGCAUACGAAUUUGUGCACGCGCCAGACAUGCUAAGGCAAAAGAGGAUGCUGAGGAGGAAAGUGUUUGGUCGGUCCUUGCUCGGAAGCUGUGCCCAGCGCCUGUGACUGCCGUUGGGGGUAACCGCCAGUCGCCUAUAGUAGAACCAUGCUGCGCCUGCGAUGAAGCUAAAUACGAGGUAACCUUUGAGGGUCUUUGGUCUCGGAACAUCCAUCCUCCGCAGUACAGGGUGUGGCAAGAGGGCAGGGUUGCAAGCGAGGGCCUCAGGCGGCUUGCUGACAAUGGGACCACCACCGCCCUCGAAAAGGAACUUAAAGAAGAGAGUGAACACAUUCGCACAAUAAUCAAGGCUCGCGGCAUAUCGUGGAAACAAGUAUCCAGUGGUGGUAUUCCCAGCACUUUAGCGGUUUUUCGUGUAGACGCAAAACACCAUCUGAUGUCGUUGGCCGCCAAGUUGGCGCCAUCACCGGACUGGAUCGUAGGGGUGUCAGCACUGGAGCUCUGUAAUGCGAACUGUACGUGGACCAGGUCGGCCACGCUUCCGCUGUACCCAUACGACGCUGGGACCGACAGCGGAAUAACUUAUACGUCUCAGCGGAAGCCGACGUCGCCGCCAGCUCCGGUGCGGGCUCUGCGGCCAGACUGGCCCCGGGACCCUCGCUCCCCUUUCUACAACGUCGCCGGCGAGAUGAGACCAUUCGCGCGCCUGAGGCUCUCACGGCUGCGCCUUUACGAGAAGAGUUGCGAGCCGUCAGAGCCUAUUGGCGAGCCGGUACCAGAAGCCGCCGGCGGAUCGUGUGCGACGCAGGCGUGGGGCUUGUGGGGGCCGUGCAGCGUCACCUGCGGGCCAGGGCGGGCCACGAGGCAGCGGCACUUCGUGUGGCCGGCCCGCGCUCUCACCGACGGCUGUCGCGCCGUACUCACCGAACACCGCCCUUGCCGUGGGGUCAGGGCUCAUUGCAGGGCGCCAUCGGAGUACGAGCCGGAGUCGGCGGAGAGGUCGGGGCCGUGCGCGGUGUCCGAAUGGGGCCAGUGGUCGCCGUGCGAGGGAUGCGGCGUGCGCGCGCGGACCCGCCACUACUUGGCGCCGAGGGCCCGGAAGCGGUGCCACGUCGGCUACCGCGCGAGGACCGUGAUGAGUCAGGCCAUCCCUUGUGAUGCCGGACCUUGUGCCAAACCACCCGAAUAUCUGAUAAAUGCAACCGACUUCGACUGGUUUUUUGUGGACAACCAUCGGGGCGAGUGUAAGGUGACGCCGUGGGGAGAGUGGUCACCGUGCACUGCGAAAUGCGGUCGCGGCCGAAGAAUCCGUACUCGACUGUACGUCGCGAGCGAUUCGAGAGUGCAACGGCUUCUGACGCGGCGGCUCUUGCACGAAUGGAAUCAACGGUUCGCCGAACUGCAAGAGCUGGAAAUACCAGCGGUUAACAUAACAUACGAGGACCCUGAACUGGAAGGCUUGGUGCAAGAGCAUCUGGAACGGUGUCAGUUCACGCUAACACAGCAGGAGGCACUCUGCGACGGAGAUGAGAGCUGUCAGGAUAUCACGCCGCAAGACGUUUGUUCUCUCCCGGCGUCGGUGGGCCCGUGCCGCGGUUACGAGGAGCGUUGGUUCUACGACACCACGCGCGGCUCCUGCGAGCCCUUCGGCUUCACCGGCUGCGGCGGCAACGCGAACAACUUCCCCACCAGGGAGCUGUGCCAGCGCCAGUGCGAAAAUACCAAGAACGAUACUGGCGGCCGAGUUCAAGUCAGCAGCGCUGAGAUUAAUUUUAAAAAUCUUAAGCCAACCUCUUCCCACGGUGACAACGAUGUUAUGCUGAAUGACGCCCCUGUUGCUGAAGAUGACGUUGAUUGCGUGAUGGGUCCGUGGCUGGGAUGGAGUGAGUGCUUCGGGAACUGUGACUAUGGAAUUAAGCUGAACUAUCGUCUUGUUAAGAUUGCUGCUAUGGGAUCGGGGAAACCGUGCGCAAAGUUGAUUAAGAGCAGGACUUGCACGCCCGGCCAUUGUCGAAAUAUAUUCAUCUUUACCAAUAACCCCUCCUUUGAACUAGAAGCUGCACAU